AUGAAGGUGUGUAACCGCGGACCGCAGAUGCUCGUCACCACGGCGGGGGCUUUCACGGCCUUCAGCCUGAUGACCAUCGCUGUGGGCACGGACUACUGGUUAUACUCGCGUGGGGUCUGCCGGACCAAAAGUGUCAAUGACAAUGACACAAACAGAAAGAACGAAGAGGUGCUCACACAUUCAGGGCUCUGGAGACAGUGCUGCAUGGAAGGCAUAUUUAAAGGGGUUUGUAAGAACAUUGAUCAUUUCCUAGAGGAUGCAGAUUAUGAACAAGAUGCUGCAGAAUAUGUACUGCGUGCUGUGCGUGCAUCUAGUCUUUUCCCUAUAUUGAGUGUGGGACUGCUGUUCAUUGGUGGAGUUUGUGUAGCCGCCAGUGAGUUCUACAAGAGCCGACAUAAUGUCAUCCUGAGUGCAGGCAUCUUUUUUGUCUCAGCUGGUCUCAGUAACAUCAUUGGCAUUAUCGUGUACAUCUCGUCCAACGCUGGCGACCCCAACCAGAGCGAAUCCAAGCGCAGUCACUGGUACGGCUGGAGCUUCUACUGCGGAGCUCUGUCCUUCCUCAUAGCAGAGACUGUUGGCGUCUUGACCGUUCACCUUUUCAUCGACACGCACCGUGUGUUGAGAGCGCAAUCCAAUCGCUCGCUCCGGCCCAGCACACAUUCAUCCCUGCAGCAUCGCCGUUCUACCAGCUACCGCUCCCGUUACCGCUGGAAACAGGGUCAAAAUCGCUCGUCUGACACCCGAUCGCGCGAGCCCUCCCCCGCACGUCGUGGGAACGACCUUGGGCUGUACGCACUGGGGCGUGGACUUCCACCAACAGCAACGCUAGCGCACAACUCAGUCAACACGGCCGGUGGCUUUGAGCAUUGUCAUAACUCUGUCAUUGCUAAUAACAGCUUUGUGAAUCCUCGCAUUUUCUCCAUGCAGAACUCGGUGAAAUCCGAAAGAGGGCUUCCACACGUACAGAACUCUUUGUGCUCAGAGAAAGGGUUUGCAUUUGCAAAUGCACACGGGGAAAAUUCAGUCAAGCCAGAAAACGGAGUUGUGCUGUCACAGAACUAUAAGCAGAACCCAGUAAAUCCUAGUAAAAGUCCAGUGCAUGCACAGAAUUCUGUGAGUGACAUUGCACACACGCAAAGCGUCGUAAGCGGAACUGCUACAAGAAUAACUACUCCAGUGUGAAAAACAAGCUGUUAUAUGAAUAUGAAAUUAAAUGUGCUUUAUUAAAGCUGUCACAAGCAACUGUGUGAAGAUUAGCUACUCACCCUCAUGCCAUUCCAGAUGUGUAUGACCUUCUUCUGCUAAACACAAAGAUUUUUAAAAGAAUAUCUCAGCUCUGUAGGUCUAUACAAUGCAAGAGAAUGAUGUCCAGAACUUUGAAGCUCUAAAAAGCAUACAAAGGCAGCAUAAAAGUGAUCCAUAAGACUCCAGUGGUUAAAUCCAUGUCUUCAGAAGUGAUAUGAUAGGUUUGGAUGAGAAAUAGAUCAAUAUUUAAGUCCUUCUUUACUAUAAAUUCUCCUCCCUGCCCAGUAGAUGGUGAAUAUGAAUGAAGAAUGCGAAUUACCAAAAACAAAAUAAGAAGAAUGUGAAAGUGAAAGUAAAAAUGGAG